GAUUUGAUUGCUGCUGUCAGUUGGUUGUCAGAUGUGAAUUCUGUGAUUGUGAUAUGAAAAUAGUGCUAUUUAAUUAAAAAGGCGGCGAUAUGGAUAUGGAUGAGAAAUAUGAAUCCGUUAAAUUAUGUUAUGCAGUUCAUAAAUACUCCAGCUAUUCGGCGAAUUAUGUCCCGCAAAAUAUCAUGGUUAACAACCCUUCUGAUCAAUUAUCAAGAUGGUUUACGGACAGUUCAAAUGCCAACAACAUGCUGCAACCGCAAUAUAUUAUUCUCAAGUUAAAAUCCUUAUCAAUAGUAGAUACUAUAAAAUUUGGUAAAUAUAUAAAACCACAUGUGAGUGAUCUCAAGAAGUUUCAAGUGUUUGGUGGAACGGAUGAAAAUAAUUUUUCUUUGCUUUUAUCAGCUGGUCUGAAAAAGGACAGUGCACCAGAGACUUUUAAACUCAGGAAUAGAACUACGGAAGGACUCUACUUGCCUGUGCAAUACAUCAAAAUUGUUCCCCUACUAUCCUGGGGUCCGGCUUAUAAUUAUACCAUAUGGUAUGUUGAGUUACACGGCACAAAUCAGGAAGAUCUGAUCCAAAAUGCCAUGGAAACUAUCAACUUGCGUAAAGAGGAAGAGGCGGUGCGUAUACUGUUGAAGCAUUUACGCCGGCGAAGGUACAAAGACGCAUUCGAGGCGUUGUCCAGAGAAAGCGGCGUCCAGCUCGAAGGACCAACACAGUCCCGGCUAUGGAAUGCAUUGGUCGAAAAUGGAGACUACAAACUAGCUGAAGAGAUAUUGGAAGAGGCUAUGAAUGAAGGUGAGAUGGACUGGUACCUGUCAUGGCAGCCUUACCAGCCUGAGUGGCGGCAGCUGUCACCGUGUUCUGCAGCAGUGGAGGCGCGAUUGUGCUGCGGGGACUCCGCGCCGCCAACACCUCGGCCGCGCCCUCACGAGCUCGCCUGCGCGGACCGCGAGCCCCGCCUAGAGCUGCCAGAGGUGUUGAAUGGUGGGGAGGGUGCGGAGGCGUGUGAGGUGGGAUGCGGAGGCGCGUGUACAGCUCGCCCCGGACCUCGCGGUGGACACCAGCUAGUCGUCGACACUAACACCGGUACUUUAUACUUGUUCGGUGGAUGGAACGGUACGGAGGACCUGGAUGAUCUGUGGAGCUACAGCACGGCUGCGGAGAGGUGGUCACUGCUGUGCCGGCACAGCAGCCUGGCGGGCGGACCCUCGCCUCGCUCCUGCCACAAGAUGGUCUUCGAUCCGGUCAACGAACGCCUCUACACGCUCGGAAGGUACCUCGACAAUGCGCAGCGUGUACCAGCCAAUAUGAAUAGCGAGCUGUACGUAUACGAUGUGGUGUCGGGGGCGUGGUCUCUGGCGUGCGCGGACACGGCGGCUGUGGGGGGGCCGCGCCUCGUCUUCGACCACCAGAUGUGUCUCGACGCAGACACGCAGACCAUAUACGUCUUCGGCGGACGAGUGCUGCCAUCUAACACCGAGGAGUUGGUGAGCCCGCAGUACUCUGGUCUGUACGCGUACUACAUCGGCAGUAAUACGUGGCAGCAGUUGUUAGCAGACCGGCAUGACCUGCCAGCUCCUCAGCCGCGAGUCUCCCACUCCAUGCUCUUCCACCCAGUGCAACGUCGCCUGUACAUGUUCGCGGGGCAGCGCAACAAGGAGCAGCUGCUGGACCUGUGGUGGUGGGAUGUGGGUGAGGGGCGAUGUGGUGCGCUGUGUGCUGGCGCCGCCGCCUGCCCGCCUCCCGCUGCCGGCUUCACGCAGCGCGCCACACUAGACCCUGACACCGACGAGAUGUUCGUACUCUCGGGUAUGAGCAAAGAGAAGGACAAGCGCGUGUACAACUCUUUGUGGGUGUUCUCGUUACGCCGGCUGACGUGGACGUGUGUGUAUCGCAACGACACCGUCACACCCGCAGAGCCCCGCCCACGCUUCGCGCACCAGCUCGUAUACGAUCCCGUUAGGAAGAUCCACUACCUAUUCGGCGGUAACCCAGGUACUGCAGCCAGUCCGCGGCUGAGGCUGGACGAUUUGUGGGCGCUGCGGCUGCGUCGUGCGUCCCGCGGCGGCGUGUGGCGAGCACUCCGCGCGGCGCUGCGCGAGGCGCACUACCGCGAGCUGGCCGCCGCGCCCGAACUGCGCCCGCAGGCCCUGCACUACCUGCGGCAUGACCUCAGCGCCGCACUAGACCACUGCGACCCAGCACAGGUGUCACAGUUCCAGAAGCUGGCGACGGCGUUGUUCGCGAGUCCGCCGGCGGAGUGGCACGCCGCAUGCGCACUGACGCCGCGUCGCUCGCGCACGUUAGCACGUCGCCGAGCACGCCGCACACCGCACGCGGACCUCGCGCACGCACUCGCCGCGGUGCUGGGCGCGGACGACUCGUGCCUGGAGCCGCCGCAGCCGUUCGAGGAGGCGCGCUCGCCGACGCCGGACACGUGGGACGUGGGCGAGGUGGGGGGCGCGUGCGAGGGCGCGGCCAGCGAGGAGGAGGAGGAGGCGGGGUGGGCGGCGCGCGACGCCCGCGUGCGCCUUUACGACCGCCUGUGCGCCUACUUCCGGCCCAGCACGGUGCCGCCGCGCGCUGACGUCGCCGACCUCAUCGCGCUCUAAUGAGUUGAACCAAAACGCAAUGGAAGUCAUCGGGUCUGGAGGAAUGAAAGGUUUUAAAUGUACUGACGACAUUAUCUCUGAUACAGUAAAUUUAUGGUCAAUGAGGCAUUCAUUUACAUUUAUUUUAGAUCUUAUUCCAAUGGAAUAAGGUUUAUUCCGCGUUGUUUUUAUCCUAUAAUUUAUUCAAUGUACAAUGAGCAUAUUU